UAAGGAAAUGUAAAGUAUCGAUUUGCAAUGAGGUCAAGGUCAUGAAUGUGGCGGAAAAAAGCUUAAAGCAAUGUUAAGAACAAUGUUGCCAAAAGUAAAGUUACCUAUCGCUUUUUUUAUGUGGAUUAAAACGUGUUAAAUGUACAACAUUAUAUCACUUUGUGAAAAUCUGAUGUGCAAUCUAGAUUACAUUUUUGCGCAGUUGACAAAUAAUUCUAUUUAUUAGUAUAUGUGGUUAAGAUAUGCUCAUGUCAACUAUUUAUUAUGAACAUAAUAUUACGACUGAAAACUGAAACAAUUUCACUCAUAUCAUCUGUGUUUCAACGCGUAAUUACAAAUUGAUAGAACAAAAUAUUACAUAAAAAGUGCGAACUUGACGUCGUAUAAAGUUUCUUUUUCCACAGGCAAACGCUUAUAACGUACAUAUUUCGGAAUGAAAAGCUUAAAAUGAAAAGGACAGAUCUGAGGAGAUUGUGGAACAGGUGUAAAGGCGUUGUUGUAUCCUACAAAGUCGACGCACUCUGCUCCAUUACAGAUAAGCAGCAGAACAUUAUGUAAAUAGUAUAAAAGAAAUGAAGGAGAAACAGGACGGUGACCUUUCGGGCAACACAUCUCGAGACUACCAGACACUUCAAAAACUGGUUAUGUACGAUCGACAGGUUAGAAACGGAGAACACGUUGCAUUUUUUCCUUUUAACACAUUGAACGUUGCUUGACUACAAGGUUGACGAGUAAAAAAAACAUUUGUUAGGUACAUAGAAGUAUUUAAGUAGCGAUGGACUACUAUAUUAAUCAUCCACGAUAGAAUUGGUUAUAUGACAGCUUUAGAUUUUGCAAAAAGAGGUUGUAAAGUGAUAUUAGCUUGUAGAAGUAAAGAAAGAGCUGAAGCAGCAAUUUACAACAUUAAAAAAGAAACGAAAAAUGAAAACGUGAUCUUCAAACAUCUUGAUUUAUCUUCCUUUAAAUCGAUAAGAGAAUUUGCUCGCGAUUUUAAUCAAACCGAAGAUAGACUGGAUAUUUUGGUAAAUAACGCUGGUGGAAUUGGUUUUGAAAAUAAAUUUACCGACGAUGGACUAAUUUUACAAACGAAUCACGUUGGGCCGUUUCUUCUUACUCAUUUACUUUUGGAUAAAUUAAAGAAAUCAGGGUCAAGUAGAAUUGUAAAUGUGGCUUCGAAAGCCGGUCAUUUAGCCGGUAAAAUCGAUUUGAACGACUUAAAUAAACACCCAAAAGAAGCUAAAUCCACCUUUUAUAUGUACAAAAGCACGAAAUUGUGUAACAUUUUAUUUACAAUCGGAUUAGCAAAACGAUUGAGUGGUACGAAAGUCGUCACCAACACUUUACAUCCAGGAGCUGUUGAUACCGAUUUUUUGAUAAGAUUUCCAUUUUUGAAGACAUUUUUUCAAUUUGUGUCAAAAUUGUAUUUUUUAACUCCUUUAGAAGGUGCUCAAACAUCGAUUUAUGUUGCGUUAUCCGAUAAAUUGGAAGGUGUCAGUGGAAGAUUGUUCGAUAAUUGUCGUGAAAUUGAAAUGUAUUCGAACGCUAAGAAUCCGAAAAUAGCUGAAAAACUCUGGGAAAUGAGUGAAAAAUGGUGUGGACUCAAAGAAAACGAAAAAAUUCGUUUUUAAUUCCUUUAAAAUUGUUCAGCUUUAAUGUUGUUAUUUCGAUGUUAACCUU